AUCAUGAAGAAGUUUUCUACUUUGUUCAUGGUUUAUUGUGUUCUCUCUUUCUUCCUUCUCGUCUACGUGAAAGAGGUGAAAACUCUGGAGAUAAAGGCGAAAGUGUGCACAAAGGCACACGUUUUCGAACAGAAUUGUGGGUGGGAUGGAAACAAGACUUGCAUAAAAGGAUUCAAUAAAAUUCUUGAGUACCCUUUUCAUUGCGAGUGUGACAUUUAUGAUGCAGCCGAAAGCAGACGUAUUUGCACAUGUAAAUUUCCAAGUACCUUGCUAAUAUUCAUCGAUUUUAUAACCUAAAUCUCUUUACUAGUAUUAAAGAAAAUACCUAUGUAAGAACUAAGAACGUUGUGUUAGCAUCGUGUAUAAUACAAACGAAAAUCAUAUGUAAGCAUUACUUGUGUUAGCAUGGCAGAUAAAUUAUAUCGUGCCUGUUUAAAUGUAUUUUCAAAUAUACUCACGCUUCAUAUACCUGUAAAGAUCAUUAAACUAAUAAGUCUGCAUAGAACUAUAGACCCAUACAUUGUAUAUUGUAAACUAUUCUUCUGCAUUUGCAAAUUUUCAAAACACUAUAUUGUAUUAUUAUUAAUUUCUAUUACCGAUAGCACAACCAAUACUUUAAAUAUAUACAUUUAUAUACAUAUCAUAUAUGUAUUUACAUAGUUUUCAAUUUAAUUUUACAAUAAUAAAAAACGUAUACUGGAAGGUGCACACGUACAUCGUCAUGCGACCCACCAAAUAGACUAUAAGACACAUAACUUGUUAGAAUGUCUUUUUCCUACUUAACAACUCCCUUAUAAUUGCUAUUAUUAUGAUGCUUCUUAUCAAAUGAUUAUCACCUAACUAAUGCAAAGAAGAAAAAAAUCCAUAUUUGCUUAAACAUAUUACGAUUGGGCGUUGAGUUAAUCAUCCCACGUUUGGAUUAUUAAAUAUAUAUUCUGAAAAUAAAAAUAAAAGGAGAUUUAGUCCUCCAAAUUCCA